UUGUCUUCUCCGCAAUGGGCUACAGAUGAGCAGGGGUCUGCAAAGAUGGGUCGAUCCGUUUUGGCGAGAGUUACAAUAUAGUAAAUUUGCAGGUGUCAGUGCGGUGCUCAUGGCCGACGGCUGAUGUCCGACACGAUGCGGCACCACUGGCUGCUGGUCGGAGCUUGCGGCUGGGUGCUGCUCAUCCUCAUGUUCGCCAGCAAAUUCAUCAAUUUCAAUUUCAGAGUCCCUGAUGACUAUGGGGGUAAGCCAGAGAUGUUGAGCUGGACAGUCUCUGCCAUGAAGAACGUCAAAUCAUUGGCAGCUCAGGAGUCGGAGCGGAAACCUCAGCCGUCCGACAUGCCCUCGGCCGACCCUGCCUCCGCGGAGCAGUCAGACUGGCAGGCCGUGGCGGCGGAGCGUCUGGAGCUGCUCGCCAGCGUGUGCAGGAACGCCUCGCUCAGGAACCUCACGCACACGCCCGUCAGCAAGUUCGUCCUGGACCGCAUCUUCGUCUGUGACAAGCACAAGAUCCUCUUCUGCCAGACGCCCAAAGUGGGGAACACCCAGUGGAAGAAGGUCCUCAUUGUUCUGAAUGGAGCCUUUUCUACAGUGGAGGAGAUUCCUGAGAACGUGGUUCACGACCACGAGAAGAACGGCCUGCCUCGCCUCUCGUCCUUGAGUAAUCAGGAAAUCACCAAAAGACUAAACACAUACUUCAAAUUUUUCAUCGUCCGGGACCCCUUCGAGAGGCUCAUCUCCGCCUUCAAGGACAAGUUCCUGCAGAACCCGCGCUUCGAGCCCUGGUACAAGCAUGACAUCGCCCCGGUGAUCAUCCGGAAGUACCGCAAGAGCCACCGGGAAGAGGGCACGGGCCUGCGCUUCGAGGACUUCGUCCGCUACCUGGGCGACCCGGGCCGCCGCCGCCUGGACCGCCAGUUCGGCGACCACAUCAUCCACUGGGUGACGUACGCGGAGCUGUGCGCCCCCUGCGACAUCUCUUACAGCGUGGUGGGGCACCACGAGACCCUGGAGCGGGACGCCCCCUACAUCCUGAAGGCGGCCGGCAUCGACCGGCUGGUCUCCUACCCCACCAUCCCCCCCGGCAUCACCCGCUACAACAGGACCAAGGUGGAGCGCUACUUCUCCGGGAUCAGCAAGCGGGACGUCCGUCGCCUCUACGCCCGCUUCCAGGGGGACUUCAGUCUCUUCGGCUACCAGCAGCCCGAUUUCCUGUUGAACUAACCGAGGCGACGACCCCCCCCAUCCCUUUUAUUUCCCCCUGUUCAUCUCCCAAUGACGGCCCGGCCUUCGGAGGAGGCGGGGAAUGGGCCGCGUUGGGGUUUCCUGACUCUGCCGUUCGGCGCUAACGCAGAACACGGGCAGGUCGCCCGCUGUGUUGCGAAGCCGGGUUUGAUGGGAGAUGGCGGCUCGCGUGGGAAGGACGGACAUGGGCGGAUCUGUGGCUCUGGGUGCUGCUGUCUCUGGGAGGUGCGGGUCCCAGUUUCAUGUUCUCCUCGCUCUCACCCUUGUGUCACCACGUCGGGAAGCCUGCAAAGCCAGUUUCAGUGCCUGGGAGCCACUGUGUUGCCAUAUGACCACGCAGGUGCCACAAUCUAGUCUAAACAACUCACAAUCUAGUACUUAAAGUACUGUAUGAAAAUAAUAAUAAUAAUAAUAAUAAUAAAUAUCAUAGUAAUAAUAAUGUUAUCAUGUAGUGACCUGCUGUGACAUUCUCACAUCACUCCUUUAUUGGGAGUAUAUAUAAACAGCUGUACAUGGACUAACAUUAGAAUGAAAUGGUCUGGCACUACUGUAUAUGGACUAACACUUCAGUGACGUUGCAGUGGUAAUUGUGCACAGCGACCUAUGAGACCAGCACUGUCGUUUCAAACAAGAGCUGGGUCAGGGAAGGACAAGUGCAUUAGACCAGCUGCUUUCAGUCUUAACAGAAAAUGGAAACCAUGGAGAGUGUUUGUGGGGUAUGUGUGUGUAUCUGUGUGUGUGUGUGUGUCUGUGUGCGUGUGUGCAGGUGCAUGAGAGAGAGUAACAGAGAUACUCCACAUACGCAAGAGCAAGGAUUAGGGUCAAACUCAUAGAGCCAAUUAGCUCACUUAGGAGAUUUAUUAGUAGACGGAUGAACAGACCAUAAUUCUCCAUUUGUACUCAUCUUGGUCCUCUGCAGCUGUAGAAUGGCAAGUUUGGAUCAGUCAUGGAGGUUUACCUAGUGACGCCCCCAAAACAGUUGCGAAACAGCCGUCGCCUUUCCAAAGGACAAUGUAAAGCUGUUCCAAAGGGGAGUUACAUCAUCACUGAACUGAAUCAUUGACAGUCCAAACUCAUGUUGUUGGCCUGUUCCCCUUCAGAGGAUGGUUAGAUAAUUGGAUUGCGGUGAGCGGAGGAGGGAGGCUCAUUAUUGAUACUGGGCCUCUGUCUCUCCAGGGAAAUAAUCUGUGAGCCUCUCAGAUGUCCACAUCCCUCUCGUUUCACACCACUGUGAAACGGCUUCAGCACUGCACCAGCAGCAGGAGGAGGACACAAGCCGUUUUGUCCCACCAGGGGGCGCCGCUCAGCUGCAGCUGAGCGACAGGAUAUCACCUGUCUGUAAAACACAUUCACUGUUCGAUUUCAUUUUCAAAUGGAUAAUAAAGUUUUCUGU